UUGAAAUCAUUCCACUACGUCAGGUCGUCCGGUCCGCUCGGAGAAGAUGUCUGCGACGGGUUCAGGCGGACCAGGACCCGGACCAGGACCCGCCAUGGGCUCCGGGUCCGGGGCCUCCAACCCCCGAAAGUUCAGCGAGAAGAUUGCUCUGCACACCCAGCGACAGGCCGAGGAGACGGCCGCCUUCCAGGAGGUUAUGAUGGACAUCACUUCGACCAGGAACCUGUGGUCGUCCCGGCAGCUGCAGGCCCAGAAGUUACGCCUGACUCGGAACCAGGGGCCGUACUAUGGCGGCUCCUUACCCAAUGUCAACCAGAUCGGCCGCAACCCGCAGGACUUCCAGGGCUCGUUCCAGUCCGGCCUGGAGUCCAGCCGCUCCACCCGCCACCACGGCCUGGUGGAGCGGGUCCAGAGGGACCGCCGCUUCGUCUCGCCGGUCCGACCGUACCGGAACCGCCAAGUGGAAAACUCUCUGUACAGCGCCGCCUACCUGUCCCCGCCCCCCGAUGCCAGCUGGAGAAGGAACUGGUCUGGAAACUUCCCUGGAGAUAAAAGCCAGUUGUUCCGUCUUCCCACCACAGCGCUCAACAGGACCAACUCUGACUCCGCCCUCCACACCAGCGUCAUGAACCCCCCCAUGGGAGACUUCAGCAUGGCGGGACCCACCCUGACCCCCCAGGGAGCCAGACGCAGCGGGCCGAGCGAUGCAGAGAACAGAAGAAUGUUCCCAUAUCCGGUUCCUCCCAUUGAGGAAAACAUUUUGGACGAAGACAAACUGCUCAAAGCUUGGGACGCCAAGAAGUUGUCUCUGCCGUCGUCUCGACCAAAGUCCUGUGAGGUUCCAGGCAUCAACAUCUUCACGUCCCCGGAGCAACCGUCCACGCCAGUCCAAGGCGUCCCUCAGGUCCCCAACACCGGCGGCUCGCUGCCCGACCUGUCCAGCCUCCACUUCCCGUCGCCUCUGCCCACGCCGCUGGACCAGGACGAGCCCGGUUACCCAGCAUCCUCUGCUCUGAGCGGGGGCAGCAGCACCGGAAACCUGGCCUCCACCCUCACCCAGCUGGGUAUCAACGCCAUCGGAGGAAACAGCAGCUACCACCAGCCAGCACCAGGUCUCCUGGCGUCUCUACAGAGCACGCUCAGUAACCCCAACCUGCAGUCGUCGCUAAGCAACCCCAACAUCCAGUCGUCCCUCAGCAGCCACUCCUUCUCCAACUCUCUGAGCUCCGCCUCCCUUCACUCGUCGCUAAGCAACCCGUCUCUGCAGUCGUCGCUCAGCUCCUCCCCCUCCCUGCCGUCCUCCCUCAGCAGCCAAUCGCUGCACUCGUCCCUCAGUAACUCCUCCCUCCAGUCCGGCGGCUACGGGGGCGUGGUCGGAUCUGGCUCCUCCCCCUACUCUGCGAUGCGAUCCGGGCAGGGCCAGGCGUCGCUCAGCACAUCGCCACGGAGACGGGCCCAGCUGUCGCCGCUCAUCCUGCCGAUGGCGGGGGAGUCACGGAGGAUCCACCCCAAACAGUUCUCCCCCACCAUGUCCCCCACCCUGUCCUCCAUCUCCCAGGGCGUCCCGUUGGACACCAGCCGCCUCCCUCCAUACCCGCUCAGCCAGCCAGGCCAGCAGAACCCAUCUCUGGGUCAGAACCACCAGAUGCUCCGCCUCCAGCAGCCAAGAACCAAUCAGCAGCAGCUGCACCUGCAGAACCUCCGGAACCAGCACCUGCAGCAGUUUGGACCGAGGCCCAUGGGACCGCAGCAGAAUCCGCCCGUCAAGUCGGAGAGCACUUUGGACCCGUGCAGCCAGACGUCCUCCCAGUACGGGUCCAAACUGGACCAGAACCAGCAGGCAGAGCAGCAGCACAUCAACCUGAACACAGACUUCUACAACGACGCACUGUUCAGUUCGCUGCUGGACGAUCCGUACCUCAGCCUGCAGCUGUCGGGAAAAUCACACCAGCAGUUCCCGGCUGAGAGUCCGGUCGACGGCCUGAACCACGGCGGACCGGGUCAGAACCAGUUCCCGUCCAACACCCCGGGGGCGCUGGAGCUGCAGGAGCCCGGCGACCCGCGGCGGCUCAACCACCAGAACCAGAACUAUGGCGGCGGAGACGGCCGCCAGAACGUCCCCAACAUCAUCCUCACAGGAGACUCUCCCCCCGGUCUGUCCAAGGAGAUCGCCAGCGCUCUGUCCCAUGUCCCCGGCUUCGAGAUGGACGCCUUCUCCCUGGACGAGCCGCUGCGCAUCGACCCGCUGGCGCUGGACCUGCUGGAGGGCGAGCUGAUGCUGGCUGACCCGGCCGUGGAGGACUCCUUCCGCUCCGACCGCCUCAAAUAACCGGACCGGGCCGGGCCGGACACCUAUCCCUCCACAUGGAGUGCUUAGACUGAAGACCUGAGGUCAGAGGUCACAAUAGACUUAUUUUACCUGGAAACUCUCUGGAUUCUGGUUCUGGUCCAUGUGGGCCCAAGAUCCAGGAGAGGAAAUGUAAAAAAACCAAACCAGCAGCGCUGUGAAGAUCAUUGUUACAUGGAAGCAGGACCAGAACCGGUACCGCUCUGUCAGAUGCUCAGUGGGUCGGUGAGUCACUCAGAGAACCACUUCGGGCCCGAUCCGGUCUACCUGCAGAACUUUUUCUGCUUCGUUAUUCCAGAGGAGAUCCGGAACCAGCCGGUCCACAUGUCUGUGGUUCUGGACCCACUGGACCCAGAACUCCAGUUCAUUUUGUGUCAAACAUCACCUCAGAGUUCAGAUUUUCUGAAGCGGACCCUGAAUGCACCACAGUUCCACUGUAGCCGCCAAAGUCCAAAGAAAAGCCCGGAACACUCAAUCCACAGGGACGGGAAGACCGGAUCAGAACCGGUUCCUUUAGGAGGAUCCGGUACUGAAAAAUAUCAGUGCAGUUCAUGUGAUAAGAACCUCUGCGGUCCUCCAGAACCCAGCGGGUCCUAAGCUGAAUUACCCGGGAGAACAAACACCUCCGGAACCGGACCGGGUCUGAACCGGACUGGGUCUGCUGCCUCCAGCAGCUCCUCAUCUCUGAUCCAGGUCUGGUUCCGACUGGAACCAGAAAAGCCCUGAAAUGACUUUUACAGAAAGAUGAAAAAUAGAUUUUUGCACUUUGAAGGAAAAAAGUAAAAAUAUUUUUAAUUUUUAUAUUUUUAUUUCUGCCCAAAGUCUUUAAGCAAGACGUCUCCUGAUUGGUGGGACGAACCCUUUAGCCCCGCCCGCUCACUGUGAUGGACAGCGCUUAGCCACGCCCCCUGCCUGCUGCUGCAUCCGUUUUUCAGCCAUAUUUUUUCUGUAACAUGUAAAUAAGUUUGUAUUUUAUAAAGAUUUGAAAUGUGUUCAAAGUUUCUAAUAUGAGAGUCUAAUAAACUCUGCAGUCGUGUUCUUCUGUCCGAGAAUCCGACACGGCCCGGUCCGAUUCCUGGUUCUGCUGUUCCACCGCAAAAUCAUGAAAAAUCAGACUUUCCCAGUAAUAUUCCAGAAAGAUGGGCUGCAAAGUUCUGCUUAGAGGGUCCAGUCCAGCCGGGUCCAGAUUAAUUUGGAUCUUAUAGUGAUUUAUCAGAACCAACAGCUGCCAACAGGAAGUCGGUCCACCAUGUUCCUGUUUAUGGAACACAGCUGGAAGGUUCUGGAGGCAGAACGGGUCAGUGACUGGUUCCGACUGACUGUCCGGAAUGUGGAAAACAUCCGGUUCAGAACUGCAGUGCUGCCCCCUGCAGGUCAGAGCGGGCUGCUGCAGGUCCUUCACACGGACUGACCGGAACCAAACCUGAGCCCGUUAAAAUUCGGUAGUUGAUCAGAACAAAGUGAAACGGUACCAGAACCCGCAGUUACUGUUGAGAGCUUUAACCCUUCUCAGAUCAGGACCAGCGUCUGUGGGCCUGGAGCCGCUCGAAGCGGGACGGGUUCCGGUCCGGUCCGAGACGGAGGGCCGUCUUCAGUAAGACACUCAGAAAUGAACCGCAAUGUUUUGGGCACUUUAGCUCUAAAUUAACUAAAUGUAGAAACCGAAUAUUUAGCUCCUAGCGAAAUAGUUAGCUCUUCGAUAGCUAAAUAUUUAGCUCUGGGCUAGCUAACAAACAAAUUAGCGGAAGUGGACUAUCAAAUUAAAAGCUGAGCCUUCAGAACCUGCUGUAGAUCCAUCGGUAAACAUCUGUUUGAUUUUAAAACGGCUCGUGUUUUUGUUUAAAAUGAAAUGUUUAAGAAAAGAAACGAAGAUGAAGAGGUUCGGAAACCUAAGUUUUUCUUUUCUAUAUAUUAAUUAGUUUUCAAUUUAAUUAAUAUAUUAGUUUCAAUCUAAAUGUUUAGCUUUAAAACUACAUUUUUUAUAAAAUAAAUAUUUAAUUUGGAGCCAGAUAUAUACCUUGAUAAUUUAAUAUGAAGGAAAAUAUUUAGCUAAAUAAAUUAAGAUUGAAACUAACUGCAUAACAUGGUGAAAAUAUAUAAAUCCCAUUUUCUCUUAUUGUUGAGUUUGAAUAACAUCUGUGGAUGUUAAACUCGGAGCAGAACCAGAACCAGAGAAAGUUCCUGGGAGGAUUCGGUCAUUUUUCCGCUCAGUCGGCAGACUUCUGGUCUUAGAGGGAAUCGGAACCGGACCUGAAAAUGAUCCAUUAUUUAACAGGACUCGGUUCUUUAAUGAUCGAACAAACUGGAUGUGGACAGAACCACGAACAAAAAGGUUCUAUGAACCUGCUGUGUGUGUGUGUGUGUGUGUGUGUUUGAGCCUGGGGUCAUAUUUCAUCCUGUUUUCUACUGAUGUUUAUGAAUUUCUCACAUCCUUUGUGUUGUUUAUAGUUUUAGAGGAAAAACUGAAUAUGUUUGUAUUCAGAUGUUUUUAUUGGAGUUGUUUAUUGAUAAUAUUAAUAACCAGGGAAUAUUGUAAAUAUGUUUUGAACCGGAAGUGCUUCUGACGUCAGCAGGAGCCGUUUUUAAAGGCGGACCGAUGGAGACAUACAGACUGUCAUUACUCUUUAUUUUACAGAAAAUAAAGCAACCUGCGGACCUGCUGCCCCCUGCUGUCCGUUUCUCU